AUGUCCGGGCGGCCAGUUUCCGCGGUCGUCGCAAAGACGCCCCGCCGAGGCAGGUCACCUUUCGUGGAGGACGACGAAAGCGUCGCGGAGCAAUUCUCGCCGCGAAACGACCCAGGUAGCGGUGGGAACGCGGAGGUGUUCGGCAUUACCGUCGCCGUGCGCAUCCGCCCCUUCUCGCAGCGGGAAAAAGACGGGGAGAAGGAUGGAAAGGGCCCCAGGGUGCUGAGGCCAGAUGAGCCCGUCGUUGAUGUGGAGGCGGACGGCAAAACGCUUAUGCUGCUCGACCCGAUGAGUACCGGCUCGUCCCACCUCACCUUUGUCUUUGACCACAUCAUCUCCCCGCUUGCGCCCAGUGUUGACUUGGAUGUGCCGGACACCGGCAACCGCAGGGAGACUGUGCAGGACUGGCAGGACGGCGCCUCACAGCGUCCGGCGAGGGAUACAGGGGAUUCACUGAAGCCCCGUUGUGCACGUGACGUUGGGAGGCAUGCAGCGGGACGGCGCUUCAGCUGCGGCACAACAGAGGCGGAGAAGGAGCAGCAGCAGGUGUUUGAACUGCUGGCCGUCCCUGUUGUGGGUUGGUCGCUGCGCGGCUUCAACGCUUGCGUCUUUGCCUACGGGCAAACCGGUAGCGGCAAGACCUACACAAUGAUGGGCACGCCAAAGUACGAGGGUCUCAUUCCGCGCCUCUGCCGUCUGCUCUUCGCCCGCAUUGCCGCAAUGGAGGAGGCGGACGAGCAGCAGCAGCCGCCGCUGCCGAACGGUAGAGCCUCCCCGACACGCAGCCCGCCCGGGCUCAGCGGCGGCUCGAAGAGUGAUGGGGAGAGUCGGCGGUGUACGCCCUCGCCGGACGCGUCCAUGUCAAGCCUGGCGUACCCUGCGAGGGCGCGUCUCGUGAAGGUGACCAUCUCCUUCAUGGAGAUCUACAAUGAGCAGGUGCGGGACCUGCUGAAGCCGGACCGCGGAAAGAACACCCUGUCACACUACAACAGCCGGUUCGACUCGGACCCCAUCGACGCGUACGAGACGCUGCGGGUCCGGCAGCACCCCCUGCACGGCCGGUUUGUGGAGGGGCUCACCAACGUGGAGGUGGACAGCUGGGGGGAGUGUCUGGAGUACAUUCACCAGGGCAACGCCGUGCGGGCGCAGACAAGCACGCGGCACAACGAGACCAGCAGUCGGUCCCACGCCAUCUUUCAAUUGAUCGUGACGCAGACGGCCUUCCUCGGCGGGCGCGUGCGCGGGCGGGAGGUGACGUCGCACCUCGUCUCCAAAGUCAACCUUGUCGACCUCGCUGGGAGUGAACGGCUGAAGCGCGACGGCGGCAGCGGGCGACUACAGUCCGAGGCCAACGCCAUUAACUUGUCCCUAUCCGUCCUGCGCCGCGUCAUCACUGCGCUUCUGAAACGGGAGAAGCUGGUGCCGUACCGCGAGAGUCUCUUGACGUACGUGCUGGCGGACAACUUCGGCGGCAACUCCCGCACCAUCAUGUGCGCCACCAUCUCCCCCCACUUCUCCAAGUACGCGGAGACGGAGUCCACGCUGCGCUACGCCGCGCUCGCACGCGGCGUGAUGAACCGUGUGAAGGUCAACGAGCAGCCGCACGCCAAAAUUAUUCGCGAGCUCAAGGAGCGCAUGAAGCAGCUGCAGGAGGAGCUGCACGGUCCGCACAGCCAGGGGCGAGCGUCUAGUUUGGAGGAAAUGAUGCAGCGGAAGGCGCGUGCCCUCGAAGAACUGCGCCAGCGGGAGGAGGAGUUGCAGGGGCUUCUCCGCGCGGCUCACCAGCGCGAGGAGGAGUUGUUGGAAAAGCUGAAUCAAAACCAGGCCGCGAAGGCCAAGUGGAAGCAGAGGGCGCAGCGGCGUAAGCAAAAACGCGACCAACUCGUCACAACUCUGAAGGCUCUUGCGCGGCAGCAACCAGACCGCGUUGCAGAGAGCGUCAGGAAGCUCUCCAGCGAGGACAGCGAGACGGAAAGUGAAGACACGCCUAGCCCCGUAGCUCCGGCGCGUGCGUCGAAGAGCCACGAGUGUCUGCCGGAAAUACCAAGCGCUGCGGCGGCGCAGAAAGAGGCUUUUCCGACUUCCACCAGCGCCCGCCAACGGCCGCGCGUGGAAGAGAAACACACAGCAAUGGGGCUGCCGGUAAGCGAGUCGUCUUCGCCUUUGUCGUGCUGUGGGAGACACGGCAAAGGCGACGAGGGCAGGAGCACAGGCGGUGUCAGAAGCCAAGCUAGAGGCGGCAACGACAAGGACUACAGGCCAGUAGGGAAAAUGGCAACGCAUGAGGAAAAUGCGCCGCGCCGGCUGACACCUCGCCCGCCUGCCACGCUCUCCCCAUUGCGCCCCGCUGGGGCCCACCGCCCAGGAAUUGUUUUGCCUCUCUCAUUAAUGAAUAAUGACAACUUAACGGAAGGUGUAAACAACCCCUUGGGCUACGAGGUGGCGGAGGCGGGCAAGCGGUCGACUGCCCCGUUGCGACUGGCUCCGUUGCAGGAGUCCCGCAGGUCGGAAGCGCCCGGUGCUGUGUGGGACCACGCGGAAAUGGGAACCCCCGGCCGCCCCGUAUCGCGCAGUCUUGGCUUGGAAGGAGGGCCUCAGCGCAAGGCGUGCGCCAAUUAUAACUCCUCCGGUGAAUUAAUUAGGCGGCUUUCCGCAUCCAGGCCCCCUCCGCUGCAGAUGUCACAACUUGUGACACCGGUGUGCUCCCAGCCUCGCUCCAUUCUCCGGAGGAGAGACUCCGGCGCUGGAAGCUUUUUUUCAGGGAAAGACAACUGA